AUGAAAGGCAAAUAUCAAGGCAGUCCCAAAAGUCGUGGACAAAACACAAAGGCUGUCCGGGCCAAGGCCCAUGCAGAAGGCCUCACCUUCGCGCGCGCGUACGGAGAAAUGUGUGGUGAUCCAUGGGCUUCUCUUAGGUCAUGGCGGGAGCCACGAAUCAGGCGGUGCAAUCAUGGAAGAAACGACAUCGGAUGGCGGUCGGACGCCACUUUCCGUGUGGACGACGAGGACCUACAAGUUCAGUUGGCGUACGAGGACGUGUACGACUUUCAGGUCGAUUUCUCUGACGUGAAGAAGGAUGAGUGGGAUCUCUGGGAGAAGCGAAAGCGAAAAGGUGCAGAGAAAGUCGAGAUAGAGCUGAUGCACCUUGCACAUCCCGCGAAGAGGAGAGGACCUGCCCAGGAUUUCGAGGUUGUACAGAGGGUGAAAGACGUCAUUGCACUGAGCGAAGACGAGGUCGAGUACUCUGAUUGGGGGAAACUGGACCUUGUGGACGAAGAGUGGGAGGCAAUUUUUGACGAGAGCAAAGUAAAGACGAGCUAUUCGGCUGCUGUACGUGGAAACGGAGGAUGA